AUGUAUUGUUCAUGGAGGUUACUUUCACCAUGGUUGAUCAGUGAGUGCCUGGAGUGUGUAGAGUAUAUACUCUUGUGGUAUGUAGAGUGAGUAGUGAGCACCAGUGAGCACAGAGCAGUUAGGAGAGUAUUCUAAGAGUCUGGAGUAUAGGUGCUUAUAAAUUAAUGGAGAUAUUAGUUAAUAUCAAGAUUCAACAUUAUAUCGAAUUAAAUAUUAUGUGGAAUGUAAAGCUGUUACAAAGUGAUUCUGAUUAUGGCGGUCCACGUGUGGCUGGAAUACCAAUUUUGUAAAUGAACAAUAGGUUUGCUGCCAAGUCCACGUUUUACGGACAGAUCGGAGUGAGUUAAGUGAAACUGCUAAUCGAUUGGUUUGGUGUACAUUAAUUAAACGAAGAGAAAGCCGCAAGCGUUGCAAAAGCAUCUUGCCUGUAAGUGAAAGGUUCCAUAACCUAAAUGACAGGAGCUUUUAUUCAACGGGUACGUAUUCUGCGUUUUGCUGAUUUUGACUUUCUUUUAAGAAGCUUCUUUAAAAUGGAACAAGCGCUUAAUCAUAGGAAAAGAUUUUCGAGUAAUGACUCCAGUGAAGUAGAUAAUAAAAAGCCUUUACUUGAAACGGACAGGGUAAAGCGCAAAAAGAGUGCUGUGUUAUUGGCAUAUUCGGGUGUUGGUUAUUUAGGAAUGCAGAGAAAUCCAGGCAUGAAGACAAUUGAAGAGGAUUUGUUGCAAGCUUUGUUGAAAAGUGGAUACAUUAAUGAUGAUGCAUUUGCAACACCACAGAAUAUUCAAUUUCAGCGUGCAGCUCGUACUGACAAAGGUGUUUCUGCAGCUAGGCAAGUAAUUUCAGCUAAAUUGCCGGAAGAAAUUAACAUUUCAAACAUCAAUGAAAACUUACCAGAACAAAUAAGAGUGCUUUCAGUAAAGAGGACUACAAAAGGAUUUAAUAGCAAAUCUGCAUGUAAUGCUAGGACAUAUUCAUACACCUUACCCACAUUUGCCUUUAGUCUUCCUGGGGAAUCAAUGGAAAAUUAUCGUAUUACAACUGAAGUUAUUGAUAAAGUAAACUCUACUCUUCAAUUAUUUGAAGGAACUCAUAAUUUUCAUAAUUUUACUUCAAGGAAGAGGCCUUUAGAUCCAAGUGCCCAUCGUUAUAUCAUGAAAUUUGAAUGUAGCCAACCUUUUGUGUGUGAAGAUUUGGAAUUGGCAACAAUAAAAGUUAAGGGACAAAGUUUCAUGCUUCACCAAAUUAGAAAAAUGAUAGGUCUUACAAUUGCUGUUGUUAGAGGUCAUACUACAGCUGACACAAUUGAAAAAGCAUGGAAACAUGAGAGACUUGAUAUACCUGUUGCUCCAGGUUUAGGUUUAGUAUUGGAUGAAGUUCAUUAUGACCAUUACAAUACAAGAUAUGGAAAAGAUGGAAUUCAUGAACCUCUAGAUUGGACAGAAGUAGAAGACGACGUGCAACAUUUCAGAGAGAAGUACAUUCUUCCUACUAUUGUGGAAACAGAGCUGAAGGAGCAAUCCAUGUAUAAUUGGUUAAUAACUCUACCACUACACACUUAUGAUAUUCGAGAGGAUGAGUCUAUUCAAGAAGCAGAAAAGGCUAGUGAUGCAAAUGCAGAAUUGAGUAAUCCUGUACAAGCAGAAAAGGCUAAUGAUGCAAAUGCAGAAUCGAGUAAUCCUGUACAAGCAGAAAAGGCUAAUGAUGCAAGUGCAGAAUCAAUGAAUGCAAGUAAUUCUGUACAAGAAAUAGAAAAGGCUAGUGAUGCAAAUGUAGAAUCAAUUGACUCAAAUUCUUCUACAUGUAGAAAAACAAUGGAUAGUGAAAAACGUAUGAGUACAGUGAAUGGAAGUAUCAGAGCUUCGCAAUAAAUAGAAACUUUUAUACUCAAUAGUACAUCCUUGUAAAUGCUGCUAAUAAAAGUACUUGAAGAAUUUCCAGUUUUAAUUUGUAAUAAA